CACACGUUUGCCGCUGCCUCCCGAUCACUGCCGUUUAAUCCCUUCUUCUUCUUCUUCUAUUCCUCCAAGUUAAGCACUAUCUUCUACUGCUCUGCACUUCAUACCUGCCUGCGAGGAUGCGCGGAGUGGCUUCGCCGUCGCCGUCUCCGGAGCCGAGCUUGGAAGGAAUUGACGAUGUCGAGGAUUUUCCAUGGGCGAAUGAAGGAGAGCAGUCCAUAUCUUGGGACCGAUUUCGCCUUCUCUAUGAUCUUAUGCGGAUGGGGAAAUCCGCCUUCCAGGAGAACAGACUCGAUGAGGCAGUCAAUUGUUACUCUAAAGCUAAUAAUAUUAAACCAAAUGAUUUUAUCAUUCUCAGCAACAGAUGUGCUUCAUACCUGAGGUUUUGCCAGUUUCUGAAGAAUAGAUCUUCAUCGGAUUCAGAACAUAGUCCACUCAGGGGGCUGGAUCCUACAACAUAUUCUGCGCUUGCACUAAAGGAUUCUGAGAAAGUGAUGUCUUUGAGGAAUGAUUCCCUAAAAUCUUACAUAUUGAAGGCAAAUGCACUAAUUCUGUUAGAAAAAUAUGACCUUGCCCAAGAUGUCAUUUAUUCAGGCCUUCAUAUAAAUCCUUCAAGUAAACCUCUUCAAGAGUUAGAGAGAUCUGUCAAUUUAAUCAUCGGAAGGAGAAGACAUGAAAGACCACAACGAAGCGAUGAUUUUGAUUGCACUCUUUGCUUAAAGUUAUUGUAUGAACCAGUAACAACUCCAUGUGGGCACUCAUUUUGCCGCUCAUGCCUCUUUCAAUCAAUGGAUCGAUGUAACAGAUGUCCAUUGUGCCGCACAGUGCUUUUUAUUAGUCCACGAACAUGCUCAAUCAGUGUGACAUUGAACAACAUUAUCCAGAAGAAUUUUCCUGAGGAAUAUACUGAAAGGAAAGCAGAAAAUGAUAGUUUGAUAAAUCCUGGUGUUGAUUUGCUUCCUCUUUUUGUAAUGGAUGUUGUUCUACCAUGCCAGAAGUUUCACCUCAACAUUUUUGAGCCACGUUAUCGGCUUAUGGUGAGAAGGAUUAUGGAAGGAAACCGCCGAAUGGGAAUGGUUAUCAUUGAUUCUGCGACAGGUUCCAUAGCUGAGUAUGGUUGCGAAGUAGAGAUUACAGAUUGUGAGCCACUUCCGGAUGGACGCUUCUUUCUAGAGAUUGAAAGCCGUCGGAGAUGUCGCUUUGUUCGUAACUGGGAUCAAGAUGGGUAUCGAGUAGCUGAAGUGGAAUGGGUACAUGACAAUUGUCCCGCAGAAGGGACAAUAGAGAGACAUGAAUUACAGGAGUUGAUUAACAGGUCAGCAGCUUAUGCCCAAGAGUGGUUGAAGAGUGCAAAAGAAGCCGCUGAAGGAGAUCGCGCUCGUCUUGCUGAACUCUAUAAAGCAGAAGGAAUGAUGCCAUCAACACGAGACCCCGAGCGCUUUAGUUUCUGGCUUGCGACUGUGGCAAAUCAGAGGCCAGCAGAGAGAUUAGAGCUUUUGCGGAUAAGAGACACAAAAGAGAGGAUAAGCAGAGCACUAAUAUUCAUGAGGGUGGAGGCACAAGGCUGUUAAGUACAUAGAGUAUGUAUUACUAUAUCAACAUAUGGCCCUGUAGUUCCACCAAUACAUACGAUGAUUAAAACACUUGCGAACAUCAAAAACACUUGUGAACAUCAAACAUUCUUUGAUCCACUUUUAAGGACUAGUGGAUCCUAAACACUCUUCUCUUUUCAUCCUUUUUUUGUUAUUUCUUUUUUGGUACUUGAAAUUGUAAAGAGGAUGGAAACUCAGAAUCACAGUUAUUACUAACCAAGGGGACAUGAGAUUUCAAUGUUAUAAUGGGAGAUUUUGUUACCCC